AUGGCGGCGGUGAGAAGCACGCCGCUUGAUGACGAGGUAUGGACCCAUCCAGCCAUGAUUCAGUGGUGGAUCGCAGAGCAAGGCGGGAAGCACAUGGACGAGAACUUUAUCCAUCGCUACUUCUCCGAGUCGCCCUUUUUCGACUGGACCAGCAAAAAUGGCCUUCUCAUGGAUCAAUCGAAGCGCGACAUGAACUCCUGGAACAUGGUCAGCAACCGCAAAGAGCUCGAGGCUACUCUGCGUCGGAGGGAGGGUGUGGAGUUCAUGAUUGUCGAUACACCCCAACUCGUGUCAGACAAAGAGCUCGCCGCACAAGGCACCACCACUGGCAUCUACGUCAUCCGCAAGCAGGAUCGCCAACGCGUUUCUGACCCAUAUUUACGUCCGCCUCAUGUCUUGGUUGAAAAAGGCCCAGACGGCAAGGAUGCGUGGGAACUUACGGUCCUUGGCACUUACUACAUUGUCGGGGAGAAUGUUCUCCAAGCCCCCAGCGUCUACGACAUCAUCUCGAAUCGUCUGCUUACGUCAAGCGCCAGCCUGAACAAGCUCUUCCCCAUCGCAAGCAGUCUGCCUCGCUACACGCCUGCUGCUGGCUUCCACUACCUCCCUCGCGCACAGAAAGCCACAUCCUCUUUAUCAGUACCAGGGACUCCUGCACGGUCACGCGAAGGCAGUGUGGCACCCGGCACAGACGACCAGUCCGUUCGUUCAGGAUCUGUCCAAGCCGAGUCUCGAGCCGGUGGUACCAUGUCAUCGGCAACUUUGAAAGACAUGAACUCGCUGAAACAAUCUCUCGUCGAUGCUAUCGAGUUCGCCGAUGAGUACAUUGAUGAAAACCCAAUGAUGGGCGAGCCCGGCAACUUUCGUUUCUCUGCCUCCAACGCCGCGAUUAAGAAGCGUAGAGCGGAUGAAGAGGCGGCAGCAGCGAAGGCCAAGGCUGAGAAGGAGUCUGCAACGACAUCCCGUGCGGCAUCGCCAAAAGCAGCAACCCCGCCUGCUGUCUUCACGGAAGCGGCAAAGACCACCGGUAAGGAGAAGAUUAAGGAUGGCGAGCGUCGAGGGAGCAAGAAGAGUGACAAGGCACGGAGGAAGAGCCGAGUGAUUGCGAGUGGUUCUGCGACGAGUCCAACAACUCCAGGCAGCGCUACAAGUACUCAAGCCCCAAACUCAGCUCUCUGA